CCAGGGGAAGCAUGCAGCAGCUUCUGAGUUGCUUACCAACCCCUUGCAUUCCUCAGUCUGUCUGUUCCUCCCAUCCUCUGUGAUUUGUCCACUAUUCCCCUGCUCCAAUCUGCGCCACCACCCCGCCCUCUCUACACUCUGCAACUGCUACUUGCCCAGUCCCUGGUCUGCUCCACCCCCACUCCACUAUCUAAUCUGCCUCCACCCUCCCUGCCACUGAUCUGUCCCUCAUCUGGCUUGCCACUCUCCACCCCCACCAUCUAUUCCACCAUCGUGACAAUCUGCUUCUCCAUCCCUCCACUGCCCUCUGAGCCUCUCAAACUAUUUCUCUAGCCUACUCACCUCCUGAUCUACUCCAUACCAUUCCCCUGCGUGCUUAUUCCCCUAUGCUCUCUCAUCUGCUCCUUAUCUUCCCCUGCAGAUCUGUUACUCUUCUUUUCUACCCUGCCUCUCCAGCUCCUGAGUCACUAAGGAGUUUUUUUGGGGGGGAAAUGAGGCUCAGGGUAAAGGGCAGGGUAAGGCCAGCAGCUUCACUGGGGUUUCACAUUCCUAAUGGGCGUGUACAGACACUUUGCACAUGCUCAUACAUUCUAAGACAGGGCAGGAUCUUCUAUUACACAGGGACUCAACACCAAGCACUGCAUAGCAGCACCGCCAAUGAAACUACUCCCUCUCCUAGUGUUUGUGUCCAGUCUGCUGGACUAUGGCUACACUUCUCCGAACUGCAACAUGACGUGCCAUAAAGAUGCGGAGUGUGAAGUUAAGGGUGGAUUGCAAGGCUGCUAUUGCUCCCCAGGAUUCACAGGAAAUGGCAUACAUUUCUGUCACGAUGAUAAUGAAUGUGAAAAUGCUACACAACCUUGUGGAGAGAACGCCAACUGUACCAAUACUGUGGGGAGUUAUUACUGCAUGUGUGCAACUGGUUUCAAAUCUAGCAGUGGUCAAGAGAAGUUUGUAACUAAUGAUGGAACCUUUUGUGUGGAUAUAGAUGAGUGUAGUGAAGCAGUAACUAUUGCCUGUGGAGAUCAUGCGAAAUGUGAAAAUGUGGAUGGAGGAUAUAACUGCUCCUGUAAGGAAGGUUAUCAAGCAUCCACAGGAAAAUUACAGUUUAAGCCAAAUGAUGGCACUUCCUGCCAAGAAAAUCCAAAGGCAAAGUGCAAGUUACAUAAUGACUGUAUAACUGAAAAUAUUACUAGAACAUUAGCUGAAAUUAGGACCAUAAAAGAACCCUUGGCUUUCCUGCAGGAAAUCAAUAGGAAUACUGUAGGACAACUUUCACCUGUAGAUGUGAUUUCAUAUGUGGAAGCAUUAUCUGUAUCUUACCCAACACUAAGUACCAUGAAUAACACAAUUUCUGACAAGGAAGCACUUACUAAUAUGACUAUUAAUGUUUUUGUUAACACCGUGAACAAUUUUGUUCAAAAGGAAAAAAUUACAGUUUGGGAAGCACUCCCUACAGAUAACAGGAGAACAAGUCUCACUAAGCUGAUGCAUGCUGCGGAACAGGCAACGCUGCUCAUGUCACAAAACUUCAAAAAGACAACACAGCUAGAUGUUAAUGCAAGUGAAAUGGCUCUCAAGGUUUUGGCUUUUGAUUCGCAUCACACGAAACAUAUUCACCCUCAUGCACACAUGGGAGGAGAUUAUAUAAAGAUAUCUCCAAAGAAAAAGGAAUCACCUAAUUCUAAUGGCACUGUUGCAGUUGUGUUUCUGAGGUAUAGCAAUAUUGGUCCUUUGCUUUCAUCAUCUAAAAACUCCUCAUCGAAAGAUAGUUCAGACCAGAGAGAGACAGUAAGCUCAUCAGUUAUUGCUGUUGCAAUUAAUUCAAAUCCACCUACACUCUAUGAGCUUGAGAAAAUAACAUUUACUUUAAAGUACUUCAAGACUGCAGAUAAGGAUAUUAAAUGUGCAUUUUGGAACUACUCAGCAGACACAAUGAAUGGCAACUGGUCUACUGAAGGCUGUGAGCUGACACAUUCCAACACUACUCAUACCUCAUGCAAAUGUAAUCAUCUGACUCAUUUUGCUGUUUUGAUGUCUUCAGGCGGCUCUGUUGGUGUUACAAAUUAUAACAUUCUUACAAGAAUCACUCAGCUAGGAAUAAUUAUUUCGUUGAUUUGCCUCUCCAUGUGUAUUUUUACCUUCUGGUUCUUCAGUGAAAUUCAAAGCACUAGAACGACAAUUCACAAAAAUCUCUGCUGCAGCCUUUUCCUGGCAGAACUUAUCUUUCUUGUUGGAAUUAAUAUGAACAAGAAUAAGCUCUUCUGUUCAAUCACUGCUGGAUUACUCCAUUAUUUCCUUUUAGCUGCUUUUGCAUGGAUGUGCAUUGAAGGCAUACACCUGUACCUUAUAGUUGUGGGAGUCAUCUACAACAAGGGAUUCUUACACAAGAACUUCUAUAUCUUUGGUUACGUGAGUCCAGCAGUGGUGGUUGGAAUUUCAGCAGCUCUAGGAUAUAAAUAUUACGGCACCACCGAAGUAUGUUGGCUCAGCACAAAAAAUAACUUUAUAUGGAGUUUUAUAGGACCAGCAUGUCUAAUAAUUCUUGUUAAUUUGCUGGCUUUUGGGGUGAUUAUUUACAAAGUAUUUCAACACACUGCAAUGUUAAAACCCGAAGUUAGCUGUUAUGAAAAUAUAAGGUCUUGUGCUCGGGGUGCUCUUGCUCUCCUGUUCCUUCUUGGAGCUACCUGGAUCUUUGGGGUGCUCCAUGUGGUCCAGGGAUCAGUGGUCACUGCGUAUCUUUUUACAAUUUUCAAUGCAUUUCAGGGGAUGUUCAUCUUCAUAUUUCUUUGUGUUUUAUCUAGAAAAAUCCAGGAAGAAUACUAUAGGUUGUUCAAAAAUGUCCCUUGCUGUUUCAGCUGCUUAAGGUAAAUGGAAGAAAGAUAUGUAUGAGCAGUACAAUGGAAGAAGGGAGGAAACGAGACAUUAUUAUUGUUAUUUUGGAAAAUGUAGCAUUGUGAAAAUAUGAAAUGACCUAGUGAACAGUUACCUCUCUUAACUCAAUAAAUGUCUCUCCAGUAUAGGCAUUGUACUUAAAUGUGCACUCAUGCACAGUAUUUAUACUAUACUGUGUACAAUUGGUAUACAUACACAAGAGAAACUGGAUUAUUGUAAAACAAAUAUCAUAAACAAGAAGAGAAAAGGAGUAGAAUUCCUAAAGACACUAGAGACUUUUCAUAUGUUAGGGUUUAUUUCUAAUAUUAGAAAUAUCUGCAGUUCAUGAGAGAGAAAGAGGGAGAGAAAAAACCAACUGGCACAGCAGAUUUUAUUAAUCACUUUGCUAGUGGAAAAAUGCCUGUUGCUUUUUUUGUGGUAAUGACAUUGUUCACAUAAAGUUGUGUAUUAUCAUCUACGGGUUCCAUUAAAGUGUUCAUAGAUGCUUCAGCCCAAGCUUUUGUUCAAUUUAAAGUAGAUUUUUAAAAUGUUUUGUGGUUUCAUAUAAUUCUCUUCUUCCUUCCAAAUAUAUAGUUGUAUUAUUAAUCUUUUUUUUAACUUGCAAGGAAUUUCUCUGAGGCCUGGUCUAAUAAAAUAACUUGGACUAGACAUUUUGUAAGUCCAAUUUCUUUUGUGAAUAUCUUCACAAGAAUUUGGUGCUGAUUUUAUUUAACUAUUGAAAGAUUGAUAUCUACUACGUCCAGCAUUGUGACUUGGGAAGGUUUUGGAAAAGAAAUGUUUUUAUGAGUUUGUCAUCUGGUACCCAUUUUGAGGAUCCUGACCUUAUUUGUCAAAUUAAAAUGCAGGAGCAUAAGCUACAAGGGCAAAUCAAUGCAAGUGCAAAUACAAGGGUAUGUGCCUUAGUUUCAGUGUAAAAUAUAUUGUAAAUAUAGCAGGUUCCUUUACUUCCUUUAUUACACGCAAUAGUCUUCCAUCCGGGCCCCAGAUACUGCAAGCACUUACGCAUGUGUUUAACUUUAAGCCCAUGAUAAUUCUGUUGAUGUCAAUGGGCCUACUCGUGUAAGUUUUGCGUGAUUGCAGUCUAAACAUGUUGCUUCAGCAUUUCCAAUGUUGUCCUCUUAUAAGGUCUGCUGUCAUGUCAUCCUUUUAAGUGCCUGAUCCUGUGAGGUGCAGAGACCCCUCAGUUCCCACUGCCUUCUCAGGAAGUGCCCCGCACCUUAAAGAAUCAGGCCCAGUACCAUUACUGGUAGGGGGCUGUGUAAAUAUGUAGCUGUUUAUAAAAUUCUACUACUGUCUUUUUUCUGUUGAAAUAAAGAACACCUCUUAAUAAUUUUAUUUAUAACUAAGAAGGCUUUUUAGCAAUGGUCAAAUUUGCUUGGUUUUUAUCUAUUUUCCUUACAUACAAGUCUUUACUUACCAUACAUUUCUCAUUAAACAUAUUGUAUGUUUCUGUCAAAAUCUUCUUUUGAAAGUUCAAGUGGCAAUCUUCUUUUCAUUUUUUUUUCAGAGAGAAGUAAUUACUGUCGGUCACCUGUAUGUAAAAUAUGUUAAUAAACUGAACUGUUUUGUUUGAUUCUUUCAACAUGUUUCUUUUAGUUCAUUUAAAGAAAUAAAGAAAUAAGUUUUAUAGUUGUUUUGCUGCAUCUGUUUUGCAAGCUGUAUAUUCUCCUUAAACUGUAGGGAUAUACAAAUACAUAUCACUUACAUAUUCGUUUUCACAGGAAUACCUAUUAACGCAUCAUCUGUUAUCUCGUAUAGAAAUGUGUAACCUGUGCUAAGGUUGUCUGGGCAAAGAAACACCUCUACUAACUGCAUAAUGACUUCAGUAUGCU